AUGGUCAACACAUCCCACUCCCGCUCCGUCCGCGGCACCCUCUCGCACUCCUCCUCCUCCCAGCCGCCCCCAAGCCUCAGCGACGCCACAAGCCUAACCCCCGAAAACGGCUCUAUCCCGCUUCCACCCCACGACUCGGCCCCUCCGCCAUCUCCCUCUCAACCCCCCACUACCACCUCUUCUCCUUCUUCUCCCGCAACCUCAGCUCCCCCCGAAGCCCCCACACCAAGCACCCCCUACCGCACCCUCGGCACCGCAGCAGGCGGACCCGACAAGAGGGCUGUAGGGAAUCGCGCCGAGGCUGCUGCCGAGGGCACCGCAGGAGACGUAGCAGUCCAAAGAAAAGGAAAGGGCGACGGCGAAGAAGAAGAAGUUCACAGGAGACGUGUCAGAGCUACGUUGCCGAAUCAGAAGCGCCAAGGGAGCGCACACAAGACCAUGUUGCGCGAUCCGCCCUGUUUGACGGGUGAGGGGGAGGAGAAGAGGAUGGAUACCGGCACGGAGACGGAGCGCGUGCGGAAGAGGGAGAGCGAGAGUAAGCUGUGA